CAAGGCAGAAACUGGCUGCACUAGAACUCAGACACAACGCAACUGCGGGUUCUCUCCUCCCCUUCUCCCUCCGCCGACGAAAAUGUUGGCGGCUCGCCGUCACACGACCUCCGCACCACUCCUCCGCCGCCUCUCCGCCCAGCCCAAAUCUAAGGCACAACCCCCUCCGCCACCGCUGACGCCGUCUGAUGAGGGCGUGGGGGCAUGGGCCCGUCGCGCGGCCGCGCUCUCGCUGCUGGGGCUCACCGGCGCCGUCGCCGCCAGCGCCGUCGGAGACCUUUCCGUUUUCCUCUCCUGCUCCAGACAGGCAAUGGAGAAGGCUACCCAGAACCAGCACAUAGUGUCUGCAAUGGGCGAGCCCAUCACACGGGGUCCCUGGUACAGCGCUUCCAUUGCUGUAAACCAUGCGGGGCAUUCCGUCUCCUGCACUCUCCCGGUGCUGGGGCCCCAAGGAGAGGGGCUUCUUAAGUUCAAGGCGGUUCGACUUGGAGAUGAAUCUUGGUUUUCGUUUCUUAAGCACAGUGACUGGGAGAUACUCAUAAUGGAUGCGAUCCUUGAUGUUCGUACUAAAGAUGGGAAGCAUCGAACAAUAAGGGUGGCAGUUCCCGACAACAAAGCAGCUCCACCACCAGCUGACUGCAGGGCAUGCAAGUCACAGCCAACGCCACCGCCAACGCCAACGCCACCUCCAUCUCAAGAGAAGUGAACUUCAUGUGGAGACUUUCUUCGGUCUGGAGUCUGAACAUAGCUAGCAUGCAGUGAUUAUUUUUCUGUUACUCAUCCCUGGUAGAACACAUUGGACCAAGUAGGCAGGAGGCUCUUUUUUUUCUGAGAGGACAGGAAAUUCUUUUCUGGUGUGCUGGCGAAUGAUACAACAUAUAAUAGGUUAGACGAAUGUUCACUAGGGAGGUCAUAUCUCUCAGAAACUAGAUUUGCAUUAGGAUUGGUAGCAAGGAAAAGCUCAUAUUCUUUUGGAGGUUCAUUAUUCAUGAAAACUACAGAUAAAAGCGAGUUAACUAUCCUAUGUUCUCGCUGGUUGCAGUGUUGCAAUACGGCUGUCA